GAACGAAAAAAGUCUAACAUAGAAAACGUGGAAAUAAAAUACCCCACGUUGUCCUUGCUCAAUACGUCCGUUUGCUACAAGCUAAAGUGAUCUAUAAAUCAUGACACUCACCAAAUGCACACCAAAAGUGUCAAAUAAUUAGUUUUAUUAGUUCUAUUUUCUUUAAUUAGUUCUUAAAAAAAAAAAAAAAGCUACAAAUCAUGAACACUUACAUGAACAAGUACGAGGCAAACUAUACGGCACUUACUCCAAUCACAUUCUUGAAAAGAGCUGCUAAAUUUUAUGCUGAUCGUACCUCCAUCGUAUACGGUGGUGCUCGGUUUACUUGGCGGCAGACCUACGAUCGCUGUCGACGCCUCGCUUCCUCCCUCCAAUCCCUUGGCAUUGCCAAAAAUGAUGUGGUUUCUGUAUUGGCCCCAAAUAUACCAGCAAUGUACGAGAUGCAUUUUGCUGUGCCAAUGGCAGGAGCUGUGCUCAACACCAUCAAUACUCGGCUUGACGCCAAUACUCUCAAGUCUAUACUCGAUCACUCGGAAGCUAAGAUCCUUUUUGUGGACUACGAGUAUAUCCCUCUUGCUUACGAGGCGCUUUGUCUCUUAAACAAUGACCCAAAACGUUCAACAUCGAAAACCUCUAUUGUUAUCAUCACUGAGAUGGAUUCUCCUACAAACAAACAUGGAAAACACGAAAGACAAAACUUUGUUACUAUGGAAAAUGUCAAUGGUCGCCAUAACAAAAUGCAUGACAACAAUCAAUUGGAAUAUGAAUACUUGAUUGACAUGGGAAAUGUAGAUUUUGUACCGAUGAAUAUUGAUGAUGAGUGGGAUCCUAUUGCUCUUAACUACACAUCCGGUACGACGUCUUCUCCUAAAGGAGUGGUGUAUAGUCAUCGAGGCGCUUUCCUAAGUUCCUUGAGUAUGAUCUUAGGUUGGGAGAUGGGUACCGAACCCGUGUACUUAUGGUCCUUACCGAUGUUUCAUUGUAACGGAUGGACCUUUGCUUGGGGCAUUGCUGCUCGAGGUGGGACUAAUGUUUGUAUACGCAAUACAACCGCGUCUAUAAUUUACCAAAGCAUAGCACUCCAUGGAGUCACUCACAUGUGUUGUGCGCCGAUUGUGUUGGACAUAAUUCGUGAAGCCAAGCUAAAUGAGCUCGUACAACUAACCUCCCAAGUCCAAGUACUAACCGGUGGGUCACCUCCUCAGCCAGGACUACUUAAAGAGAUGGUGAAACUCGGGUUUCAUAUCGUGCACGGUUAUGGACUAACCAAGUCAGUAGGCCCUGCACUAGUGUGCGAGUGGCAAAAGAAGUGGUAUUGUCUUUCACAAGAGGAACAAGCACAAUUGAAGGCGCGUCAAGGGAUUAGUCCACUAAGCAUAGCAGACGUUGAUGUUAAAGAUACGGUAACAAUGCAAAGUGUGCCUAACGAUGGGAAGACGACAGGGGAGAUUGUGAUAUGUGGUAGUUGCAUAAUGAAGGGAUACUUUAAGAACGAGAAUGCUACCGCGAAGGCAUUUGCUAACGGGUGGUUCCAUACCGGUGAUGUAGGUGUUAUACACCCGGACGGGUAUAUAGAAUUAAAGGAUAGGUUGAAAGAUGUGAUCAUAUCUGGUGGUGAGAAUAUUAGUAGUGUACAAGUUGAACGGGUGAUUUAUCGACACCAAAACGUGUCGGAGGUGGCCGUGGUGGGGAUGCCACACCCGCGAUGGGGUGAAAGCCCUUUUGCAUUUGUGGUGAGAAGUGGUAAAGAUGAAAGUGUAACGGAACAAGAUAUCAUAACGUAUUGUAGAAAAAAUCUUCCUCAUUAUAUGGUGCCUAAGAAGGUAUGUUUUGUGAAGGAGCUUCCAAAGACUUCUACGGGAAAAGUUCAAAAGGGAAUAUUACGUGCUAUGGCAAAGAAGUUAUUUGAUGUGCAAAAUAAUCUUGUAUUGAGCCAAAAUAUUGUAGGCUCCCGUUUAUAAUGCUCGUUAUUGUUAUAUUGUUGACUAGAUUUUAAACCGGUGCAACAUGCACACGGUUUUAAUUUGGUUUUGUACUAACUUAAGAAG